AUGAGUAAUUUACAUGCUAAUUGGAAUAAUGAAAAUACUUCUAGGAAAAGCCUCAAUAAAUUUCUAAGAAUUCUCAAUUUUUAUCUAGUCUCUAACAUGUAUGAGCAAACAAAUAAAAUAAAGCAAGCAAUUUUACUUAACGCUCUGCCUUACUCCAAUGUUCAAGCAGUAAAAGGAAAGAUAUGGAAGAGAGACAAAAGCACAAUUGAAGAUAGGAAAAAUGGCAUGGCAUAA